CCGCUAGUUUCCCAAACCUCACUGACCUUGUCCUGUCCGCCGGUGUAGAUGUGGUUUUAUAAUAGGGAGUUGAUCACUGGCACCGGUGGAGCUGCCAUGGCUCUAAGUAGAAGUGGACUUUUCUUUCUUCUGUUUGGAGCCCUUUGCUCUGCGCAAGAGAUAGUCCAUGGUCCUCAGAACAUAACUGUCUUCCUUGACCUGGCAGGCUCCUUGUUAUGUGAGACGAAGGGUGGUACCUAUACUUGGGUUAUCAAUGGAACAUUGCCAUCGAAUAUUCCAUUUGAUAUACUCAGUGACAUGGUACUGUCAGACAAUUACACCAUCACUAACAGUGGUAGUAGAAUCAAUAAUCUAACUAUUCGAGCCAAGGAUGGGUACAGUGGCACUAGAUUCCAGUGCCGAGUUGUAAAUCCUCCUAACCCUCCAGCGCUGAGCGAGAGUGCCUUUUUGAAGAUCCAAGGUCUGUUGUCAGCCCCAUUGAAUUUGAGAGAAACUAGCAAUGCCAGCUCAGUGACCAUCUCAUGGAGUGCUCCAUUCUCUCUUGAUGUGACUGGUGUUGAUUCUGAUAUCUGGUACUCUGUCCUCAUCUACAAUGUGACAGAUGAGAACAACCCAACAGCCAUCCUCUGUACUGACUGUAUCAAUAUCACUGAGACACACUACACCUUCUCUCCUGACUACCUCAGUCCUCGUCAUGUGUACAACUUCUCUGUCAUCCCUCUGAAUGGAGCUGGCCAGGGAGAGAGCAGUCCCAGCAUUACUAUUACUAUUGGUCCACCCUCAGCAGUAGGUGGUUUGAGUGCCGUCAGCAAUGCCAGUUCAGUGACCAUCUCGUGGAGUGCUCCAUUCUCUCUGGAUGUGACUGGUGUUGAUCCUGAUAUCUGGUACUCUGUCCUCAUCUACAAUGUGACAGAUGAGAACAACCCAAAACUCUUUGAAAAACAUACUAUUACCACAAGUUAUACCUUCGCUCCUGCUGGUUUUAGUCCAUGCCACAAGUAUCUCUUCUCUGUCAUCGCACUGAAUGGAGCUGGGAGAGGAGAGAGCUGUCCCAACAUUACCACUGGCACACAACACUGUGAUUUAUCCACAGUAAUCAACCCGAGCUCUACUGUAAAACACCCUGAAACCACUGUACCGACAGGAGGUGAAGGUUUGAGUCCAAAGGAUUCAAAAUCACUAGCAGGACUUGCUAUUGGACUAGCGGUAGUAGGAGCAGUUGUUGCAGUUGUAGGUUUCACGGUUAUGGUAUUCAUCAUCAUCCUUAUCCUGAGAAGAAGGCGAAAACACCCGGUGUUUGAUGUUGAGCCUAUGCGUUUGAGUGAGUUGGAAGCUAAGCAACAUGAAGAAGAGGAGUCGGAGGCUAGGAUGGAAGAGGAUGCUGCUGUUGUCCCACAGACCACACCGAAACAUACUGCAUCCACUCAAUCUUCUCAGCCAAAACAUAAGAAAGAAAAAGUUGAUGAUGAGAAAAGGCAUCUAUUAAGCAACAGUGUUUCUGCCUCUGCUGAUACAAGCACUGCCUGUGAUACAAGAUGGGAAAAUGGACCAGAAAACGAUGCAGGAGGCAGUUUAGCAUUGACCUCUACUGCAAAAAUCACUACUCGUUACCAGCUACAGGGCCGGGGAAAUGCUCCAAACUCUGACAUUCCAGCUGUAACACCUGACAAAGGUGUGCCGGAGAGUAAAGAACAGGGAGAAGAAGCCACUCGUGUGGUGGUCACAUCAUCAGGGGUGCCACCCUCUAUGCCAGAGGACUCCAGAGUCCAGUACCAGGAGAUUGACAUCAGAGCUACUCAGAAAAUGUUGAGACCUACUCCCUCCGGAAAAGACAGUGGCGCUAAGGAUGCUACCAUUAAACCUGGAGGUCAAGAUCCAGAUGUUGACCAGGGUGCAUCAAAUAAAGGAGUGUUUGAGCAGACACCAGAAGAAUCGACUCACUCACAAGACAAUGUUUCCAUUGUUGUCGUAAGCUUCACUCCUUCCCAGAAGACUGAUAGUCAAGACAACUCAACUAGAGGGUCAAAGGUUACUAUCUCCAAUGAGCAUAGAGAGAGUAUUGAGAGUGAUGCUCCACCAUUGGUGAAAGAUUUUCCCAGUGAAUGCCUUAAUAGCGAAGACGGCAGUAGCAAAGUCUAUGAAGACAAUACCGAGAUUGAGGAGGAGGCUAAAAACCAUGGGUUGUUUUCCUCUGUAGAGUGCACAGACAAGCAGAGCAAGAGUGCCAAGGUUGCACUGGGAGAAAAGGAUUGUGAUUUGUCUGCACUCAGUGGAGCUGAGCGUAGUCCCACUUUUCCUCCUCUUGCCUGUAAGGCCAUGUACAUCUUGUGUGUCCAUGCAUGUGCACAUGUGUGUGUAUUUAUGCCGAGUCUUUGUGGUGUGUGCAAUUUAUACAGGCCUUACUGACCCUGCCAUUCUCACUGGAGGAGAUGGGAAGGUGGGUUGUAAAAGAAGCACAACUUCCCUUGCUGUAUGCUUUGAGUGUUCCAGACUGAGUGUUUGGGAAUGCCAUGAACACAUGACAUGCAUAUACUGUACAUGUAUAGCAGUAACCUAGUCUUGCCACACUUGUUCAUGGACAUUGCCCUUCCCUGCUCAUACAACUGGUAAAUGCAGGCACUGGAGUUAUCCGCACCAACCCUCACUGAUGGAACCCAAGUAACUGAAGGUGAAAGAAAGGUUCUGAAGGUGGGGCAAAAGACACGAGGGUCUUCCACCUCACGGAAAUCCCAUCGAAAGAAGAAGAAGAAGCGAGGCUCUCCGUCGCCCCCCACUAACGAACAUGGUCCCGGACAUGAAUGUGAAGCACACGACCACUCUCACCCGAGGACCAAGACUAGGAAGUCAUGUGGUAACUUGCCACAAGACUGACGAAUACUUGUGUACUGUAGUCUACCGGAACUUAGUCCGAACCUUUGUCCGUUGUACCAGUAGAUAAACUGUGUGACUUUUUAUAGCUACGUAGAUGUUUUCCUCAACUUUUUUAAAUGUGGAUAUUAUUGUAUUGCUUUGAUAGAAGUGCUAC